CUGCCACCAACCUGAACCGCCGCACAUAUGACCUGGAAGGGCUGGUGGAGCGGCUAAACCGUGCCCAGAGCUGCCGGGCCAAUGACCAACGUGGGCUGCUCUCCAAGGAGGACCUGAUCCUGCCUGACUUCCUCCAGCUCCCCGGGCAGGACAAGAGUGCCUGGUACCCUUGGGCCACGCCAGGGUUCAACGUGGGGCCCAGCCGGCCCCUGCCCGGCCCUGCCGACACUGCCCGGACCGCAGAUUUGUCCACGUCCCGUCCUAAACUGUCGUGUGCUGUCGCUCCAGCUCUGCACCGGCUGCCAGCUGCCCACACGUGCCCCUUCACCGUCGGCGCGGUGCCCUGUCCUGACCAUGGCUACCCCUGCCCUGGCUCGCCGGGGCGCCUGGGCGAGGGCAGGGAGCGGUACGAGCUGGACGUGCUGCCCUGGCAGGGCCCCCGGCUGGGCUUGGACGAGGUGCAGAAGCCAGAGCUGGCGUGCUGGGCCGCGGUCCAGUCCAUCUGUGUCUCCCUUCUCAAGGUGCCCCUGAUGUUUGGGUUCCUGUACCUCUUCGUGUGCUCCUUGGACGUGCUCAGUUCUGCCUUCCAGCUGGCCGGAGGCAAGGUGGCCGGGGACAUCUUCAAGGACAACGCCAUCCUCUCCAACCCAGUCGCUGGGCUGGUGGUGGGCAUCCUGGUGACCGUGCUGGUGCAGAGCUCCUCCACCUCCACCUCCAUCAUCGUCAGCAUGGUCUCCUCGGGGCUGCUGGAGGUGCGCUCUGCUAUCCCCAUCAUCAUGGGCUCCAACAUCGGCACCUCCGUCACCAACACCAUUGUGGCCCUCAUGCAGGCCGGCAACCGCAAUGAGUUCAAACGGGCCUUCGCUGGCGCCACAGUGCACGACUGCUUCAAUUGGCUGUCGGUGCUGGUCCUGCUGCCGCUGGAGGUAGUGAGCGGGUACCUGCAUCGUGUUGCCCACCUGGUUGUGGCCACCUUCAACAUCCGCAGCGGGAAGGAUGCUCCUGACCUGCUGAAGAUCAUCACAGAGCCCUUCACUAAGCUCGUCAUCCAGCUGGACAAGUCAGUGAUCACAGGCAUCGCAAUGGGAGACGAGAGCCUGCGUAACCGGAGCCUCAUCCGUGUCUGGUGUGGCCCUGCACCCCCACAGAUGACCACUGUGGGGCUUGGGCCCCUCUCAAACUGCACGGCCCCUGGCCACUGAGCACUAAGGGCAUGGACAGCCUCCACAACAUCACCAGGCAGAAGUGGGCAGGUGGCCAAAGCCAUCCAGAAGGUCAUCAACACUGACCUCCCGCACCCGCUCAGCUGGCUCACCGGGUACUUCGCCAUGGUGGUGGGUGCUGGGAUGACCUUUGUGGUGCAGAGCAGCUCUGUCUUCACCUCAGCCAUCACACCGCUGAUAGGCCUGGGAGUGAUCAGCAUCGAGCGCGCUUACCCGCUGACCCUG